CUUCAUCAAAUGACAAAGACUGUACUAUUUUGUUUCCUUCUUUCAUCUUUCACUCUCCUAUCACUAUUCAACACUCAACAUUCACUCCCUUUAUCUUUCAUUUCACCUUCCUUUGUUACCUUCCACUUCACACACAAAACCAAACCACUGCAACACAACAUGCCAGACCAGGCACAACGUUAAACAAGCAAUGGUGUGAAAAAAAAUGUGAAAUGGGUUAGAGCCUAGUGGAGUGGUCAUCUGGCAGACAGAAUCAGAAGGUUUGAGCGGUUUUAGUUGUAGGCCCCUCUUGAUCAUUACUGGGUGCUCUUAGCCUGAAACAGCUUAUCAUAGCAUCAGUUGUCAUUGUGGGUCAGGGAGCAUUCAAGCAGCGAGGCCCAAAUUAUUAAACUGGUUUCUCUUUACUGGACAAGAGGCAAUUAAGCCAUGCAGACACCAAAGACAAGAAGUGGUUCCUCUGAGGUUCCUCAGAAGGUGUCUCCUCGUGCUGUGCGCCAACUCAGGCCUACUACUGUGGAUACUGAUUCUGUAUCUUCUUCAAGUCAGGCUAAUAAAUCAUCAAAGGAGAGAAGCCCCAAAGUCACUGAUCGCAGAUCACCCAGAAGCCCAGUUGUUGAGAGGAAGCGCCCCAGCAAAAUAUCUGAAUUAGAGUCUCAAAUUUCUCAACUGCAAAAUGAUUUGAAGAAGGUGAUGGAUCAGCUUGUUUUGUCUGAAUCAAGCAAGAGGCAAGCGCAGCAAGAUGCCCUGGAGUCCAAGGAGCAACUACUAGCUCUAUCUGCAAAAUUUGAAGAGUCACAGAAACACGUUCUGGAUCUUUGUGCUGCCGGAGAAGGUCGUGUUCUUGAGCUGCAGAAAAUCAUAGAUGAGCGUGAUAUGGCAUGCCAAUCUGAACUUGAGGCCUCCAAAAAGCAGCUCUCAGUUGAGUCUUCUGCCUUGGCCUCUGCAAUGAAUGAAAUUCAGAUGCUCAAGACCGAACUUGAAUUGGUAGCCAAUUGUGAGAGUGCACAAUCUCAACAGGCAAAAUCAGCAGACACGGAGCUACUAAACAUGAAGCAGAACUUGUCUGAAGCUCUUUCUCUUGUGGAGACCAUGAAAAACCAACUAAGGGAUUACAAAGAAUCUGAAGCUCAGGCCCAAGCAUUGGUCAGUGAAACCAUGUUGCAGCAUGAGGCUGCAAAAAAUGCUAUUGAAAUCCUAAGAGCAGAUGUUGCAAAAGCUGUUGAUGGCUACAAUACUAUUGCUUUGGAGUUGGACCAGUCCAAAGCACGGGUAAACUCACUAGAGGCACUUGUUAGCAUGCUUCAGAAAGACCCCAUCAGUAACAAAUUUGAACACCAACCUGAAAUAUCGAUAGAGGGAGAGGGUUCUUAUGAUGUAGAAGCAGAAGUUGUUUCUUUGAAGUCUGAGGUUAGACGCCUGCAAUCUGCCGUAGAAACUGCUGAGACUAAAUACCAAGAAGAAAAGAUCCAAAGCACGGUGCAGAUCAGAAAUGCAUAUGAACUUGUGGAGCAGAUAAAAUCUGAAACCGGUAAGAGGGAAGGUGAGCUUGAGGCUGAGUUGAAAAGGAAGAAAGCUGACGUUGAAGAGUUGAAGGCUAACCUAAUGGAUAAGGAAACUGAGUUACAAGGCAUUGUGGAGGAGAAUGAGAACUUGAACACCAAGCUUCAAGAGAGCAUGGCAUCCAAAAAUGAGCAUGAACUCAAGAUGGAAACUAAAAGACUAGAAGAAUGUGUGGCUGAACUGAAGUCAGAGAUGAUGGACAAGGAGACAACACUGCAAAGCAUAUCUGAGGAGAAUGAAAUGCUGAAGAUGGAAAUCAAGAAGCUCUCAGAUGGUGGUGGCAAAGUGAGUGAGGAAGUUGCAGCUGAGGUAGAGGGAGCUAAGGUGGCCGAAAAAGAGGCUCUGAUGAAACUUGGGAUUGUGAUGGAGGAAGCAGAUAGGAGCAACAAGAAGGCUGCAAGAGUGACUGAGCAGCUAGAAGCAGCACAAGCAGCAAAUUUAGAAAUGGAAGCAGAACUGAGAAGACUAAAGGUGCAGUCUGAUCAGUGGAGAAAGGCUGCAGAAGCAGCUGCUGCUAUGCUUUCAUCAGGGAACAAUGGGAAAAUCACAGAGAGAACUGUGUCUCUGGAUAACAACAACUACAAGUGCUCACCCUAUGCUGAAGACAUGGAUGAUGAUUUCCAGAGAAAGAAAAAUGGUAACAUGCUGAAGAAGUUCGGGGUCUUGUGGAAGAAGCCUCAGAAAUAGUGAGUGUCUGGUUUUAUGUAUGUUGUUAUGUUCUGAAUUUUAGUUCAAUAAUAGUGUGUUCAUGUGAUGUUUAUUUAUGUCUUUUGCAAUUUUGUCUCAUCCUUGCCUUCCAAUCUGCACUGUAAAUCCUUCUCCGUCAGAAACUGUUUGUGAAGUGUACUUCAAACGCUGGUGUUUAGUUAUUGAAUACAUUAAGCUUCACAUGAUGAUGCACAUAA